AUGACGUCACGCGGUUUCGCUCAGCUUGUAGAAGAAGAGCUCUUGAUCAGGCAAUCGGCUCCCAAAGUGGAGGAGGAACGACACCUCUAUCUCAAUCAAUGCCCCCUCUACCCGCCUCCAUCCUCUUCUGCAGCUCCUUCACUCUUGGAUGACAUACGCCUGCCUUCCUUUCUCCUGCCUUGUCUGCGCCCAUCAUCAUCCUCCACAUCAUCAUCAUGCACUACGUCGUCGAUUCCGUUUCCUUCGCCGGCCGAGGCGCCCUCACUGCUGCCGGCCCUGCAUUCGGCCAACCUGUGGGUGAGCGCGGGCGGCACGUCGUCCAACGUGCACUACGACUGCUUCCCCAACCUGCUGUGCGUCGUGCACGGCUCCAAGCGCGUCGCGCUCUGGCCGCCGGCCGCCACGCCGCACCUCCGCCCGCAUCCCGUCUACGGCAAAGCCACCAACCACUCCCGACUCAACGUGCACGAGGACGGCACGGUGGAAGGGGCCGAGUCGCUGCCGCGGCCCAUGGUCGCCGUUGUCCGCCCUGGCCAGAUGCUCUUCAUUCCUGAGGUUACCUCGCCAGCACCGAGGCAAGAUCAGACUGGCGGGGAGGUGGGUACGACGAUGGGCGCUCCAGCAGAAGAUGACUAUCCGCUCCGGCUGGUGGUCGCCGUCAACAUCUGGUGGAAGAGCGAGUUCGAUCUCCUGCUCGAGGCGAGCUCUCGUCGUCCGACGACGCAGAGUGAGAACGGUGACGACGACGAUGAUCUGGGGAUGGAGAUCUACUACGCGCGCCGGUUGAUGGAGAUCCUGACGCGAAAGGAGAUGCAGCGCAUGAUGAACGCAGCAAGCGACGACCUCGACGACGACCUCGACACCAAUAUUGGGUGGAAGUGGUGCAAGCGAAAGCGAGCAGGAGGAGAAGAAGAAGAAGAUAGACGCAAGAAAGCAAAGAAAGACGAAGACAGCAACGACGACGUUGUGGUGGACCACAAAGGUCAAGCCGAGGAGACUACGCGUGAGGAAGUGGCGCCCGGCACCGACACACUCGCGGAGCUUCUGCGCCGGCUGCCCGCGGCCGGUGCAGGCAGCGAUCCAGGCCGUCGGGCAGCGCUGGUGGGCGAGAUGGCCCGCUGGCUCCUCGACAGCGCGCAAUGCAGCGAUCAGGGCGCAGACAGCCAACAACAGCGACGGCGACGAGACCUGCGCGCGUGGCUGCGGGCGUGCGACGAGCCGAUGAUGAUGGACUGCCUCGAGGCCGCGAUGGACUCCUCCCCGCCGGCCCUGGCCGCUUUCCUCCGCUCCCUGUCGGUGGUCGACACCCGCCUCCUCCUCGAGCGCCUUCAACAAGACGACAGAAACAACAACAACAACAACAACGAUGAUGAUGACGACGACGUUGAGGGUACGCGCCGAGAGCGCUGGUGGCUCCGAUUUGUGGAGGUCAUGCGCCCGCACGGUUCGCUGGCCGAGCUACUGCGCAAGGAGCAGUCGCUGCACGAGUUGGCGUUCGGGCGUGCGAUCGCACACACCCUCGCCACUUAG